AUCACACGAGAGGAUGCGAGGAUCAUCGAGGAGACUCGAGGCGCCGACGUAUGUUUUUGCCGAGAUGCGCUACGUUGCGCGUCCGCGGCAUUGACCGAUUGACGUCCGUCGUGUUUUUUUAUCAUUAAGUCGGAUCUCAACGGGCAGAACGUCGUAGGUAGUUCAGGCUCCGUUAUCCCUGCGUCUUUCGGUCCCACAGAGAUCCACCACCGAUCAUGAGCUGUGUGCGUUGCUGUCUGAUUAGCGCGGGUCGCUUAGCCUCUUCCAACCAUGUCAUCAGUCAUGUACACAAAAUAGUCAGAGUCGUAGUGGCCAGUAGAGGCCUGACGAUCAGCGGCAGCUUGAGUAAGACUCCAACGGAACCCACACCACCCUCUAAAGAUACCAUCUCGUCAAGUGGAUCCUCAAAUAGUGGUACAGGUGGCGGAAAGAAGAGCACGCUCACCUGUCCCAAGUGUGGAGAUCCCUGCACACAUGUCGAGACAUUUGUUUCAUCCACGAGAUUCGUCAAGUGCGAGAAGUGCCAUCAUUUCUUUGUUGUACUGUCAGAAAUUGAUUCUAAGAGGAGCUUGAAAGAAGCACUCAGGCCAGAAGAUAGUAAGCAGGGAUUUUAUAGGAAACCUCCUCCACCUCCGAAAAAGAUAUUUGAGUAUCUAAAUAGACAUGUAGUGGGACAGGAAUAUGCGAAGAAGGUGCUGAGUGUUGCCGUUUACAAUCACUACAAGCGGAUCUACAAUAAUCUGCCAACUCAAAACUCUCAGGCGCAAACUAAUGUUAAUCCAGUUAGCACGCAAGAGACAAAUCAUCCCUUCACUCAUAGAGACUUAUUGCAUAUAUCAGGCCUCGGAAAUCCGUUUCCAGGAGUUGGAUUCCAGCACACAGUCAAUCCGGGAAACGAGCAAAAGGUGAGCAGUCAAUCGGCUCCUGGAUCAGCUAUAUUAGACAGCAAGCAACAUCAGUUGAAAUUAGAAAAAAGCAAUAUAUUGUUACUUGGACCUACGGGCUCUGGUAAAACGUUACUCGCGCAAACAAUAGCGCAAUGUCUGGAUGUCCCAUUUGCCAUCUGUGAUUGUACCACUCUUACGCAAGCUGGUUAUGUUGGCGAGGACAUUGAAAGUGUCAUAGCUAAGCUUCUCCAGGAUGCUAAUUAUGUGGUGGAUCGUGCUCAGAUGGGUAUCGUGUUCUUGGACGAGGUCGACAAAAUAGGUGCUAUUCCUGGAAUUCAUCAAUUGCGUGACGUGGGCGGGGAAGGUGUGCAACAAGGAAUGCUGAAGAUGUUGGAAGGAACAAUUGUGAACGUACCGGAGAGAAAUAGCUCGAGAAAAUUGCGUGGGGAAAUGUUGCAAGUGGAUACUACGAAUAUUCUUUUCGUAGCAUCGGGAGCUUACAGCGGUUUAGACAGGUUAAUAGCGCGGCGCAAAUCGGAAAAAUAUCUCGGAUUUGGCGCGACACCCGCGGUCGAGAGAGCCCCCGGCAGGAGAGCGGCAACUUUAGCCGAUGUUGCCAAUAUGUCACCUUCUACCGAGAAGGAUAAUAAGGAAAAGGACAUGUUGUUGCAACAAGUGGAAGCUAGAGAUCUCAUCGACUUCGGUAUGAUACCUGAAUUCGUUGGCAGAUUUCCUGUUCUUGUGCCUUUCCACACACUCGAUAGAGAUAUGCUAGCGAGAAUUCUUACCGAACCGAAAAAUGCCAUCAUUCCUCAAUAUCAGAUGUUAUUCUCGAUGGAUAAGGUGGAAUUAACGUUUGACAUACACGCACUGAAUGCAAUUGCUUCUUUAGCAAUGGAAAGGAAAACGGGAGCGCGGGGUUUGCGAGCGAUAAUGGAGUCACUCCUUUUGGAACCUAUGUUUGAAGUACCAGGGAGCGACAUAAUGUCCGUUCACAUUACAGAACAGUGCGUGAAAGGUGUUGAAAAACCACAAUACGUAAAACGAGACGAUAGCAAUGAUGAUGACAUUCAGCAGGCGCAGCAUGUACAUAAUUAACAAAUAAUUAAAGAAUGCGACACUUUGGUAUAAUCGUUUACUUAUCGAUAGAUGGACAAUUUUUAUAGAUAAAAAAUUGAAUUAGGACAUUCGCGUAAAAAAAUCGCUAUUUUAAUUAUUUUA